GAGAGAGAGAGAGAGAGAGAGUAACGCACAGUGACUUAAAUAAGUAACUUUAAUCUGAUUACUGGAUUGGAAAUAGUAACGCGUUAGAUUGCUCGUUACUGAAAAAAAGGGUCAGAUUAGAGUAACGCGUUACUAAGUAAUGCGUUACUGACAUCACUGGUAAUGAAUUAUAUAUUUCUUUGUUACUGUCUGCUUUGACAAUUAUAUUUUCAUUCUAGAUCGCCUAAAUAAUAAUAAUAAGUUAUUAAUUGAGAAAUUAAACUGCACCGUAGUUUGUUUGCACUUAGAACAGUUCAGGGAGCAUUUAUAAUUGUAAAUCCGGUCAGAGUCCUUUGCUGGUGUGUUGGCGUCAGCAGUGCCGUCCCAACUGGUGCUGGAUUAACGCAGCUUGCAUAUUCGUUGGUUUUCUCCAGUCAUCCACAGACCGAUGAGAUUCAGCCUGAAUGCGGAAUGUGGAAUAGGGAAAUGAGAAAUGAGACAAUACUACAGGAGGCAACCUCUGGAGCUGAAUCACCCUUUAACUGUGUGAAGGACGAUGCAAAGCCAGAAGAACCUGAAGCAUCAUCCACUGGCCCAGAACAGCCCUCACAUCUAACCCCAAGUGCAGGUUCUGGACUAUCACAGUCUAUGAAUGAAGUAAUACAGGAACUCAAAAGCGUCCAGCGUUCUGACCAACACACAUCCCAAAUUUCUACUCACUCAAUGGACAAAGAUCAGAUUGUCUCCAGUCGUCCACAGACCGAUGAGAUUCAGCCUGAACGCGGAAUGUUGGAUAGGAAAACAAAAAAGGAGACAAUACUACAGGAGGCAACCUCUGGAGCUGAAUCACCCUUUAACUGUGUGAAGGAAGGUGCAAAGCCAGAAGAACCUGAAGCAUCAUCCACUGGCCCAAAACAGCCCUCACAUCGAACCCUAAGUGAAUGUUGCAGGGAUAAAGGAGAGUCACCAAUGAGUCACCAUUCUAGGCCAAGCCUGUCACCUAAACCCACAAAAACAAACAGAUUACGAAGAGAGACGCUUCAACCAGGCCAACAAACCACAAUGUUCAAGUUUUUGUUGACAAUAGUUAUUGCACUAAUUGCAGCUAUAAUUUUAAACGUACAGACUGAGAACAACAAAACACAAAAAUCUGUGGACCACGGUAACCAUGCAGUGCAACAAUCAAAAGAGCCGCUUCGGAUCCUGAUGAUUGGAAAAACAGGUGUGGGCAAGAGUGCAACAGGAAACACCAUCCUUGGAAAAAAGGUCUUCACAUCUGACUUCUCUUCCAUAUCUGUCACAGAAGAGUGUGAAAAAUUCAGUGGAAUUGUGAAUGGGAGGAAAAUCUCUGUUAUUGACUCUCCAGGUCUGUUUGACACAAAAUUAAGUGAAGAUGAGGUGGUUAAUCAGAUUAAGCUAUGCGUUCCACUGUCGGCUCCAGGUCCACAUGUCUUUCUAGUUGUGAUCCAGUUGGGUAGAUUUACAGAUGAAGAGAGAAAAACAGUGGAAAUAUUUCAAGCUAUUUUUGGCGAGGAGUCCUCCAGAUACACUAUGGCCCUGUUCACACAUGGAGAUCAACUGGAGGGUAGGAACCUUCAUCAGUUUGUUCGUGCAAACUCAGAUCUUUUGAGCUUCCUCAAGAAAUGCUAUGGUCGAUACCAUGUGUUUAAUAAUAAAGAUCAGAAUCCAGAACAAGUGCUCCAGCUACUGGACCAGAUUGAUAAAAUGGUCACUGGAAAUGGUGGAGAACACUACACCACAGAGAUGCUUGAGAAGACUGAGAGGGCGAUAGAAGCAGAGAAACAACGGAUCUUGAAAGAGACCGAAGCAAAGAGACUAAAAGAGUUAGAAGAGCUAAGGGCACAGUUGGAAGGGGAAGCUUUGGAAAAAGCACAGAAGAUUCUGAUGGAGGAACAGGAUAGGGAAGCAAGGCGUCAAGCUGAGAAAAGUGACUCUAUAGUUUCCCGCAUUGGACAGUUUUUAUAUAAUACAGUGGAUGUGAUUCAUACAAUAAUAAAUGGCAUUCCAAAGAUCUGCAUUUCAAUAGGCUGACAUGAACACAACUGUUGCCAUGUUAUCAAUUUUUUUUUUCUAUAUUCAAUAUGUCAUGCUUGUGUUUAAUGCUUCAUGUUUUAGUAAAACAUCUGUAUGGUGAGUUUUAUAAUCUUUAGUAUGUACUACACAAGGACAUGAAGGAGGUUUGUAUUUAUUCAGGUAUUAGGGAGGUUUUUCCAGUGGCAUGUGACCCUGACAUUUUAAGGACACUUAAAGAUUAUUUGAUGCACAAUGAUUGGCUGUUGUGUUUAAAAAGGCCAAAGAGCUGAACAACACCAUGACAAUAACUCGUGGUUGCCAUCUGCUGGUGAAGUCAGGCUGGAGCUGAUCUUAUUACCAGAGCUGUGCAACAAGCUGUUGGCAAUGUUGUUAUAUUGAUAGAUUCUAUUCAAUGGUCACCUAAGGGUACUCUAAACUCAGCUCUCUCUUUCUGUCAUCCCCCCCCCCCCUCUUCCUUUUUCUGGGUUGUUGUGAAUGUGUUGAUCUGCUGAGAUAUAUUUUAUUAUGUGCAGGCUCACUGAUAUACUUUUACUCUAUUAUAAACUGUAUAUUUGGACAGUGUUUUUUAUACACAUCUGUAAUGCUGAAAUAAUUAUUCAAGUAAAUUAAUCUUUUAAAUUGUAAA